AAUUUUGUUUACAUACAAUCACAGCUCUUUUUAUAUGUUUAAUAAAUAAAUAAAAGUUAAAUUAUGUGUGAUUUCCACUGAUAUUAUUAGCUGUAACUAUAAUGUCACAAAUAUUUCACAAGAGCUGUUACACUUCACGAAGUUCCGGCUACAAAUACCGCACUUUGUCAACAAACACCGGGGAACGCAAGCGGCGUGAUAGCAAAGAAGACUCUACAUUCGAUAGAAAAUUCAAAGAGUUGCAGAAAGACAUUUCGUCUAGAAUAGAGAACCAAAUAGAACAUGCUCAGGGGGCCCGUGACCAUAUCAGGGAGAAAUUUGAAAAAAUCGACGCGAAAAUCGACUCUAUGCUCGAAUUGCAAAACACUGUAACGUCGCUGAGGAAAAAUCUUCACGUGGUCGAGAACUCGAUUGCUGAAAUGGCGCAGAAAAUCGAGAAAAUCGAUACACUCACGAUGGGCAGCGAUGCCUGCACCCUGCAGUCUAGGAAAAGCUCUUUCAGGUCUCAAGCGCCUAUAUUCGAGAGAGACGAAGUCUGUGAGAGAGAUGACACUACAGUCUCACGUACCUAA